UCGUCCAAGCGAACAUGUUUGUUGUUCGAUAGAUAACYAUGAGUCUCAAUAAUAAUUCUAGCUACAGAAUUCAAGGACAGAAUGAUUCAUCAGUUACUAAUGUUGCUGAUUUUCGUCUACCGAGAUGGUACGUCGUAUGUCUGAGCUUCAUUUCCAUUCUCACUACAGCAGGCAACGGUUUUGUUAUUUUACUUAUUUGUACAAGGAAGCGCCUUCGACGAAGAGCAUCUCCAAACUGGUUGAUCCUAUCUCUUGGAGURGCAGAUUUUUGCGUAGGCUCUUUCAAUAUUCCAAUCAUCCUUAUAAGAGAUCACUUUGAUAAKCAAUAUGGGAGUGUUUUCUCCAAAAUCGUGACUAUAGGAUAUGGGAUUUUCAUUAGCGCUUCKAUUACAAAUCUAUGUUUCUUGACUAUCGAUAUUUACCUCGCUGUUGUCCAUCCUUUUGUGYACUCCAAGUUCAUGAAGCCAUCGAGAACACUGUUGUUAAUUUUUAUCGCUUGGCUUGUCCCAGUUUUGCAAAAAGUCCCUUUGAUUGUGUCACUCAGUGUCGAUCGCUUAAAAGAAGAAACGAAGUAUCUUUACGAAUGACAACGAGGAGAAGCAGGGCUGGUGAGAACGAGAAGAAGGAAAAGGAG